AAAAAAACACAAAUUAUUAAAAUCGUCGAGUUUCGUGAUCCACAUAUUGCCACACCCAAAUUACACCCCGAAAAAUAAAUAAAAAAUCAAACCGAGCCCUCAACCUUAGCCUUAACGUCGUCAACCCCGCCGCAACGUCGUUACUUCAACGCCGUUAAAUGAAACGCAAUAAAGAAAGUGUAUAAAAGCAUCUUUGAAGCAAAGAGAGUUUAUUUUCUCCGACCCAAAGCCUCGUCUUUCGCCGAAUUGCUUCUUCUCUACAAAGUAAAAGGGAGUUCUUUUGGUGGUUGAAUUUUGAAGGAGAUGCUCCGUAGCUACAUUAUUAUACGUUUUACUUUACGAGUUUUAUUUCAGUGUUUACAAUUCAGUUUUUCCUUGCUUCAAAUCAUCACUUCGCUGAAAUUCCACGUUAAAAUCGUUUCAACUCAGAUCAAAGAAGAUUCCGUGACAAGAAACUUAAUUCUGAUUCGUGCAGUUAAACGUGUGGAGAAGAUCUCUUGGAACUGAAAUUGUCGAAUUUUCACAAGAAAAAACAAAAAGAAUCGAGGAAAAUUUCAUUUCAAGCGUUAAUUACGGUUCACAAUUUUGGAAUCUGAAGUCAAUUAUUUGAAAGAGCUUUUUAUUUUGAAAGCGUCGGUAAAUGCGCCCCUAAUCUCAGGUGAAGCCGUACUUCUUUUUCGCGACGAAAUUCACUUUCUCGACGUGAAACGGAUCUGAUAAAGCAAUCAGGAUUGAAGAAUUUUCCAGUUUUUUAAAUUCUACCGUUCAAGCUCUUUGAAUUCAUUGAAUUGUUGUCGAAUUUUCUGAUCCAAAGUUUCACAGCCCAAAAAAAAAAAAAAAAAACGAAGCCAUAGAUGGAGCUUCCUCAACCCCAGCCUUUCGCCGCUGAAGGAAGGAAACCAACGCAUGACUUUCUGUCACUGUACAGUCAUUCUAGCGUCCAAGAUCCGAGGCCACCUUCUCAAGGUGGGUAUCUUAAAACUCAUGAUUUCCUCCAACUGGAACGACUAGGGAAGACAAGUGCCAAGGAGGAAACACCAGUCGAGGUAGCAACGGCUGAAAAGCCGCCACCGCCUGCACCACCUCCUUCUGUGGAACAUAUUCUCCCGGGUGGAAUUGGAACUUACAGUAUAAGCCACAUUUCCUAUUUUAAUCCACGGGUUCCAAAAGCAGAGGAGGCAUUAUUCGCUGUAGCUCAAGGGAGUAGUAGCGAGAGAAAUGACGAAAACUCCAACUGCAGUUCUUACACUGGAAGUGGUUUCACUUUGUGGGAAGAAUCUGCACCAAAGAAGGGAAAGACAGGGAAGGAGAAUACCGGAGAAACACCCGUUGUAAGAGAAGCGGCGGGGAAGGGGGAGCAAUGGGCCACAUCGUCGUUGGAGAGGGCGUCGCAGUCGUCAACUAACAACCAUCGCAAUAUUUUCGGCUCUCCCUCUUCCUCUCAGCCAUCAUCAAAGCAGAAAAGCCAAAGCUUCAUGGAAAUAAUAAAAUUAGCAAAGGGUAGCGCACAAGAUGAUGAUUUUAAAGAAGAUGAAGGUUCUGUUCUCAAGAAAGAGAGUUCUACUACUACCCAUUGUAAAGGAGAAUUGAGAGUAAAAGUGGAUGGAAAGAGUGCAACUGAUCAGACGGCCAACACCCCAAGGUCAAAACAUUCUGCUACUGAGCAGCGGAGGAGGAGUAAGAUUAAUGACAGAUUUCAGAUGUUAAGAGAUCUCAUUCCUCAUAGUGACCAAAAGAGAGAUAAGGCCUCAUUGUUAUCAGAGGUUAUCGAGCACAUUCAAUUUUUACAGGAAAAAGUACACAAGUAUGAGGGAACAGAUCAAGGAUGGAACCAUGAACCAUCGAAAUUGAUGCCAUUGAGAAACGACCACGGACACACAGAAAAUUAUGCUGAUCAAUCCAUAAAUGGUUUGUCGUCGGCUCCUGCCUUAAUUUUUUCUGCAAAGCUAGAUGAGGAAAACAUCACCGUCACCCCAACUAUUCCUGGAACUGCACGUAACCCUAUAGAAUCUGAUAUGAGCUCAGCUACUAACUUCAGAGCAAUAGACCUUCGUCCUGGAAUGACGAAUAAGACAAUACCCUUUCCUAUGUCGCUACAGACAAGCUUCUUCACCUCUGCCCGGAGUGCUGGGGUGGCAGCUCAACUUCCACCUAGAUUGCCAUCUGAUGCAGAAAAUUGUGCAUCUCAGCCUCAAUCUGUACAAUGUCAUACUGGAUCAUAUACUACUAAUGGCGCUCUUCCUACUGAAAAGCUGAAAGAACAAGAACUGACAAUUGAAGAUGGAACAAUUAGCAUGUCAAGUGCAUAUUCACAAGGGUUGUUGAAUACUCUAACGCAAGCGCUGCAGACUUCAGGAGUGGAUUUGUCACAUGCCAGCAUCUCAGUGCAAAUUGAGCUCGGAAAGCGAUCUAGUAGUUGGCCUAUUGCUCCAACGUCCACACUUAAGGAUAGAGAGGCUCCAUCAACGAAUCAGGAGACGGUAACACGUUCUAGAGUUGGAUGCGGUAAGAAUUCUGAUAAACCCCUAAAGAAGCUUAAGGCACGAAAACAACUUUCUUGACAAUUCCACUAUUUUUUUUUUUUUUUUGGUUACCGGAGGAUGUUAAGAUCGAGUCCUGAUCAUUGAAAUUAAGAAUUCAACACUCUAUCAAUAGAUCAUAUGACUGUUGCUCAUGAUAUUUUUUUUUAUUUAAUUAAUUCAUUUUUUUUUUGGAGUACCAACAAAGAUCCAUGUACAUCUAGUAGGCAAGCUUUGAUCUUUGUUGGGAUAUAUGCAUAGAAUUCCCACCAAAACAAAUAUGCAUUAUUCAUCUUUCAUUUUGUUGUAAUUCACCAUAUCCAUGCCAAAAACCUGCUUUUCAUUGAAGGCUUCCAUCAUCUGAAGUUUCUUUCAAUGCUGUCAUUAUUUGUUAAAA